AUGGUCUAUCGAGGGAAGCCGUCCGCAGCCUGUGCAGAAUGCAGAAAGCGUCGGAAUCGGUGCGAUUACCAAAUUCCCUCCUGUGGACAGUGUAUCCGAGCAGGUCGCACUUGCUCAGGCUACCGUGAUCCCACCGACCUCAUCUUCCACGAUGAGACAGAACAGGUUGCUAGGAAGAGCAAACAGCGUGUGAAUUAUGGACCAGCCCUUCCUGCCGCUCUACCCAGCAGAUCAAGCUCAGCCACGCGGGCCCUGAUCCGAGCAACGACUGUCAAACCGCUGCGCUUAAACGGCUUGGUCAUGCAGCAAUCAUCACUCGAUUUGGGCAUUAAAUUCUUCAUGUCCAACUAUGUCGGGGACGCUCCAGCUCUGUCCAUGCUGAAUUACCUGCCUGACUUUUACUCCCAAGCUGGGUAUGCCAGCCCUGAGUUGCAACAAGGUAUCGUGGCUACUGGGUUGGCUGGCUUUUCGAAAGCUACAGGGCACGCGAGCAUGUCAGACGAGGCUACGAAACGCUACAUCUCAGCAAUUCGUGGUAUCAAUGGAGCACUGACCGAUCCAAAGAGGGCUUCGCUAGACGCCACACUAAUGGCAAUCAUCAUGUCUGCUAUAUUCGAGAUCAUCACCAGCUCGUCCAUCUCAGCCACCAGAAAUUGUUCAAAACACCUAGCUGGCGCAGUGUCAGUCGCGUCUUUGAUGCUGAAACGGGAGCAAACCGUCUUCACGCAGCGUAUCCUUGGCACACUGAUACAAUGUGUCAUCAUGAACUGUCAGAUUAACAAUGAACCGCCGCCGCCUGGAUUCGCAGAGUUGAAGGCGCAGGUUGGAGGGACCGUCCACCAAUUAACUGUGCAUGAGACGUUCCUAGACAUCAUUGCACAGCUAGCUGACUUUGAGCUUACAAUGACUACGAAAGAGCUUGACGAUCCUGCAGCUAUCAUCGAAAAGGCAGAUGACCUCGAUGGUAAAUUGAGGGAAUUCGCUAAGAAUAUGCCCACGCGUUGGCAGUUUGAGGAAUUUCAUAUCAAAGACCACGAUGCCGCCGAGUUUGCUCACGAAGGAUAUCUGCAUGUCUACCCUCAACGUUUCACAGCUCUUCUCUGGAACAACAUUCGCUCAAUGCGUAUACGCCUCCACCAAGUUAUUCUCCGACAAUAUCAGGUACUCGGAUAUUCAGAACAGCUGUUGCAGCCUGACAAUGUGCGCGAGUCACAAGACUACUCGGUGAAAAUUAUCAUAGCGAUGGCCAGGGAUCUCCUAAGGACGAUUCCUCAACUCACAGGCUAUCUGGAACAGUUACAGAUGUACUUUGAUCAUUCCACUGGAGAUGAUUCUUCGGAGAGCAAACGAUUCGGACAGGCUCUGCAAUCUGUCACUAUGGAGACUGCCGAUAAUGACAGUGUGGCAUUGGUUCAGAUAAUUCCACAUGACAUCUACGACGAGGAGACAAAAGGCCACACAGGCUCCACAGUCGCAUCCUCGCCAAGCUCCUCUUCCUCUUCCUCAUCGCCAUCCUCCACAGGAUCCGCUCCCGGAACAAACAAUUCUACUUCACGUCCUCGAACAGCAACCCUAUUCCACACCUAUUUCCAGCUGUGCGCGCUCCGCUCGAUUCCGCAUCUACCAGACUCGAUGAAAGACUGGAUCCACGGACGUAUCAUAUGGAUUGAAAGCAUCGCCAACGCAGAAGAUGUAGCACAUUUACGCGAGAGAUUGAGGAAAACAACAGGCGACGGUAUCCCAGAAAUUGAAGGCGAGGAAUACGUCAUGCAAACAUAUGACUUCUCGCGCAAACUGCAGAUUCGACCGGAGAACGAGUCCAAGUCUUAUGAAUGGUCGAGACAUUUGAUGUGGUAG